AUGAGCGACACAGUCAAAGAGGUGAAUGGCACAAUUGUGACCAAUACCGAUAUUGAGCCCCCAGCAGACUGGACAAACAACUACGAAGACAUAGGUGGUGAUAUGCUGUGGGGUGAAUACGGCGAUGUCGCCGAGGUGGUGAAGGGCUAUGAUCUCGACGGCACAGUCAAGCCGCUCUUUGCCAUGCAAUCCUACACAGGAGAGGCCAUUUCACUCUUUGAGCUCAGUGGCAACCACUACCUCUACAACGCCAUCGAAGGAUCCCUUUACCAGAUUACCCGACCUAACGAUCUUGCGACUAUUGUAUCAGUUAUUGGUGAUAAGAACCAGGGCUUAUCUGGGCUUGAGAUUGAGGCCCUCUAG